CCCCGCCACGCGGCUCCGCCUCCGGAGUCCGCAGCCCCCCGCCCCUGCUGAAGCCCCGCCUCUCGGCCCCUCCGCUACGCGGCUGCCGGAACCUUCUAGAAGACGAACGUGUGUCUUUCCGUUACACGCCCUGCCUCCGCGCAACCCACGCGCCACUCGUCCCCCACUCUGUUACGUCAUCAGCCACCUCCUCGAUUCACGCAAGACCCUGCUCGGCGGUGGCCGGGCAGCCCCAGGCACUCGCCUGACGCACCUCCUUUAUAAACGGCGGCGGUUUGUGUGGCCACCUAAAGCUUGGAACACGCCGGGGAAUGGGCGCUUGUAGAUGACGUAAUCAGCAAGUGUAGCCUGCUCAUAAGGCCCCGCGAUGUGCAAGUGGUAUAUGCGAGGCCGCUGGGGGCUGGGAGCGCUGCCAUGCGUGGGGGUGGGGAUGGCAGCCGCCGCAGAGCAGGGGAUGUGGGACGCUGGUGUCCGUGCAGAGCGAGGCGCCUUGCAGUAGCGCGGGCCCUGCGGGGCGCGCGGCCAUGCUCUGGCUCCCAGCUCAGAGGCUUAUCCCGGCUGUGAAGGGCUUGUACAGCUUAUCAGGCUGCAAGUCCUGUUUCCUUCGGAGAUUUUCCAUCCAGCCUGCCCAGCAGAGGAAGAUUCCAAACAGGUACCUGGGCCAGCCCAGCUCCUUCACACAUCCGCACCUUCUCAAACCAGGGGAGGUAACACCAGGAUUGUCACAGGUGGAAUAUGCUCUACGCCGACACAAGCUAAUGACUUUGAUCAAUAAAGAGGCGCAAGAAUGGGGUGGGGUAGACCACACAGUGAUUCUGCUAUCCAACCCCACCUACUACAUGAGCAACGACAUCCCAUACACCUUCCACCAGGACACCAACUUCCUGUACCUGUGUGGCUUCCAGGAGCCUGACAGCAUCCUGGUGCUGCAGAGUUUGCCUGGCAAGGCACUGCCAUCCCACAAGGCCAUGCUCUUUGUACCACGGCGAGAUCCAAGCCGAGAGCUCUGGGAUGGGCCACGAUCGGGCACAGAUGGGGCAGUAGCUUUGACAGGAGUGGAUGAAGCUUACCCCAUAGAGGAGAUUAGACACCUGGUGACCAAACUGAAAGGUGAAUCAAACAUGGUUUGGUAUGAUUCUGAAAAGCCAGUGCACACACAGUUCCACUCUGACUACCUGCAGCCUCUGGCCAAGAUCAAAGCUGGGAGCAAAAACCGCGUCCGAGCUAUUCAUCACCUAGUACAACAACUCCGACUGAUCAAAUCCCCUGCAGAGAUCGAGAGGAUGAAGUUUGCUGGAAGGGUGACAUCACAGGCUUUUAUAGAGACAAUGUUUGCCAGCAAAUUCCCAGUGGAUGAAGCAUUUCUGUAUGCUAAGUUUGAAUUUGAAUGCCGGGCACGAGGGGCUGAGAUCUUGGCUUACCCACCUGUGGUCGCUGGUGGCAACAGGUCCAACACCUUGCACUAUAUAAAAAACAACCAGCUUAUCAAGGAUGGAGAAAUGGUCUUACUGGAUGGUGGAUGUGAGUCUUCCUGCUAUGUAAGUGACAUCACUCGCACCUGGCCCAUCAAUGGCAGGUUCACUGAUCCCCAAGCAGAGCUGUACCAGGCUGUCCUGGAGAUCCAGAAGUCCUGCCUGAGCCUCUGCUCUCCAGGUGUGAGCCUGGAGAACAUCUACAGUCUCAUGUUGAGCCUUAUGGGACAGAAGCUGAAAGAGCUGGGGAUCCUAAAGAAAAGCACCACUGAGAACCACUUCUUCAAGGUUGUUCGGAAGUACUGCCCACAUCAUGUGGGCCAUUACCUGGGUAUGGAUGUUCAUGACACACCAGACAUGUCCCGAUCGCUCCCACUCCAACCGGGCAUGGUGAUAACCAUCGAGCCAGGCAUCUACAUCCCCGAGGAUGACAUGGCCGCCCCAGAGAGGUUACGUGGCCUCGGUGUGCGCAUCGAGGAUGAUGUUGUGGUGACAGAGGACUCACCCCUGAUCUUAUCUGCAGACUGCCCCAAGGAGAUCUAUCAUGUCGAGCAGAUCUGUGGCCGCAGCCUGUGAUCUCUCUCCUUUGCCUUAUACACUCUGCUUGGGUUCCUCAGGAAACGUGCUCCCACACACACAUGCAGUGAUCUAUAUUUCUGUGAAUGGACCUGGUUGUAGGGGAGGUGGAGGUUGGGAUGGAAGUUGUUACUGGUAUGGGGACUCUGUAGUUAGAACAGGAAUUGGAUAAUUAAUGGCUCAGGUAACGUCACUGUUAGAAAGUGAAGAAACCAUUUAUUUACAUAGUUAACGUCUGUUCUAGUUAGUGCUGAUUGAAAGAUCUAGAAUGCAGGAGGUGGAUCUCUCCAAUCCUGCUCUCAUGCACAUGGUCUUUUUCAGUUCUGUCAGCAGGUCCUUGAACAGGAUGCAGCGGCUGAGCACACGUUGCCCUUUGUUGUCAGUUUCACACCAGCCCAGUCAGACUCCGAUUUAAGUGGAAACAUUCAAAAGUUUGUCUGGGAGAGGGGGCAAGUGGGUUGUUUUGGACUUCCGUGCAGCAAUGACAUGAGGAGGCUGGGAGACUGGAAGAUUCGGGUCGGGUUGUGGGAAGUUUGUAUCGAUGCAGAAGGGUUUUGGUAUCUAGGGAAGAGAAUAUGUUAGGCUCUCUUUCUAGGAGACUUGAGAAAUAUUGGCAAUAGUAAGAAGGCAUCAUCUGAAGGCAUACAGCAGGGUUUGGUAGUUGGGAGGGGGACUGACUGGGUUCAGUGCACUUGGUACGUGUUUGGAUUGCCUGUUCAUCCGGCCUUCUGGUCUCUUCCCUCCACCCAUUCUUAGCUCCAGACUUCCACUCUACCUCCCUGCCGCCUACCCCCAAUUCUUCUUCCUGAGAUCAACUUGACUGUACUGGUCUGCACUGAUGAGCUGCUGUUUCUCUAGUUCAAAUAUGUGUACAUUAGUGUACAAUUGUGUCUGGGACAAAAUCCCAUCCAGUGCUUGAAUGGCAGGUGCAGGCAACCACACCAAUGCCCCUCAAGCAGUCCAGAAUGUAUUUUGUAACUUGUUGAGAGAGAGAAGAAUAACCUCCAGUAGGGGGUUCCAAUAGUCUUCCUUUUGAAAGUUUUUUUUAACAUAUAGAGCACCUACCUUUUGGUGAUUUCCAAGUUUUUUUUUUUCUUUUUUUAAAAGUCUUUGACGAUAUCUCUGAGCCAGGGAUAAAUGUGACCCCUUUCCUUCAAGGGUAGAUGAAUGAAUUUUCAGGUUCUAGAAAAGAGGAUGAAUCCUAAUUCUCUAUUCCCUUCCAACAUUCAGUCCAUUUCAAACCAUGGUAAAUGUAUCUAUAAUACAUAUAUAUGGUAUUUGGUUAUUUAUUGGUCAUAUUUUGUCAAUUAGCUUUAUAUUUAAUACAUUGUGAAAAAUAUCACUUACUACGAUGUGUAUAUCCCUGGUUUUAUUUAUACAUUCUUUUGCUUCACUCCAUUCUUUAUUCCUCUUCUAAGGUAGAGCUCCCUGUAUUUUCUCCUCUGUUGUUUUCAGUGUAUGUUGUUUCUUUUUUAUUUUGUUCUCUCCUUUCCCUAUGCUUACUUUCUGUCUUUCUUUCUUCUAAAAUUUAACUUCCUAAUCCCCAGGCUUCUCUUUUCUGAUCUAUUCCUCAGUCUCUCCACCAACUCAGAUGGAUGACUCUAGCAAUUAACAUAUAGGAAUAGGACUCCUGAAUUCUGUUUCUGACUCUCUGCUAAUUUUGUCUGACCUUUGCCAAACCUUUUAUACCUCUCUGUGCUUCGUUUUCCUCUUCUGCAAAAUUUGCUUACCUCUUUUAGGUGGGUGUUGCAAGACUUGCUUAAUUAGGGCCAAAUUUUGCACCCUAGUGGACAUGUGCAUCUCCCAUCGCCUUCAAGGGGAGAUGGGUACAUGCAUCCAAGGGAUGAACUUGACCUUUAAAGGCAGCUAACCUACCUGACCUGUUCAAAAAAAAAAAAAAAAGGUGGGGAGGGCAA